UUUUUAUUUAAAUGGCGGUUGCUUUAAAGUUAUCUUCAUCGCCCAUUGAUUCUAAUUUUUAAGAAAACGGUACAAAUAAACCAACAAAACAAAAAAGGAAAAUAACAAACUUGAUCGAUUUGCCUAAUCGCCGCAGAACAUAUUUCAGACUCGGUGGUUGUAGACAGGAGACGUUGUUGGCGCGUGUUUGACGGUGUCCGAGGAGAGCGCGACGUCGUUUGAAUCACUUGAACGUGUCUCCGCAUGUCUCGCUGCUGGAGAAACAACAGCCAACAGACACCACAAUACACCUUUCUCUGCCUCAUAAACGCUCGAUUUCUUACUUCACUCUGUCUCUCUGUCUUUAUGUUUAUCUAUUAAACACCAGCUGACUACUCGUUUGUUGCAUUCCUAGACCGAUGCUGGCUGCCAACCAUUGUCUUAUAUAGAAUCAGAGUUUCAGCCAUGCCAACAUGCCAGAAUCUGUAACCACAAUGCAACCAUUUCCCGUCCAGCUUUGCAGCAUCCCUUAAAACCCUGCAAGUCAAAUGCUUUAAUAGGUUCAAAGACGUUUGUUGGUGGCAGUGUAGGGGCAGGCAUGAACACCACAACGAGCAUUAAUUUUGAUGCAGCGGCCCUUCAGUCGCAGGAUGAAGCGGAAUACCAGAAGGAGGAGCAGCAACAACAGGAAGAACUUCGACAACUUCUGUCGAAUGCACUUGAUGACAUAACUGAGGAUGGUUUAUCUGUGUCUUCCAAUGACGAUGAUGAAGAUGAUGAGGAUGAUGGAGGUGGCGAAGCAACAGAACACAGGAGACAAAGUCGGAAAAAACGAAGCUUGAAUGGCAGCUUUGAACACCGUAACUCAAUGCUUUCGUCUCAUACGUUUCCUGGAGCCAGGACGAAAUUACCAGAUGCUUGCAGCCAACAACACACUGAAACCAUGACCAUUCCACUUGGAAGCAGUGGUCAGAUGCCUGUUGACCAGCAUUGUCGACAGCGGCCAGAAGUGUCCUCCCAACAAACCCCAUCUAUGUACUACCCCCAGUUCCACUACCUUUACUCAAUUGCCACCGAUAAAGACACUCCAAUAAUGACAGCCACUUCAAACAACUAUGAGCAGCAGCAGCAACAACCAACGCAUCCAAUGUUCCACCAGGCACACCAGCAUCACUUUGGGUUGAUCCCUACUUCAUCAGUGGCACACGAGGCUGCUUGCAACAACAACAACAACAACAACAACAACAACACGGUGGAUGCUAAUCACUGGUUGGAUCCCCACGAAGAGAUUUAUUACAGGGAAAAUUAUGGCACGGACCCCGUAGCCAGGCAGGACUUCUACCAACACCACCAACAUCAUCCUGUUGUCUUACCCCAUGAUGGAACUAAUUUCGCUCCCAGGCAUAUUUCACCGCAUCAAACAAAUGGUGAAAUCCAUCCUCAAACCCCACAACACCGAGCUGCAGUUCUUGAAAACUCUUCGGUCAACAAUAAAAUGGGUUUCGAUGCCAUUCACAGCCGGCAAGCUGCAGCCCAGAGCAAUGGCUACACACUUCCGACUGAAGCAGAGAAGCCAGCUGUGAGUUGGGACCAGCUCAACGGGUACAAGGUGCAGUAUCGCAAACCUACAGAUGGAGGGACAAACGCAUUCCAGACAGAAACAGCCUUAAGUAGGGAAUCAAGCCCACACAAACAAGAGGACUUUGUUCAUAUAGGUGGAUCAGGAGAGCAGAAAGAAUUGGUUCAGUUACAAAUUUUAUACAAAGCUCGUGGACGAAAAGUGGACGAAUUGAGUCAGGAAUUAUCCAACUUGAAGAAAGAGAUGGAGGAGGAAGUGGAACUUUUGCAGCAGAAAGUGAUGGAAGUUGCGAAAGAACGAGAAGGGGCUGUUACAAGUCUGAAGAUUUGUCAGGAAUUGUUAGAACAAUCGAAAACGGAGGUGAGCCAGAUGAAGGGUCAACUAGCAACAUCGGAGACCUUGGCUCAAGCAUUGACUAAAAGCAAAGAAGAAGUUAUUGGCAAGCUGAUGUCUGCUGAAUCGGCAAUUGAAUCACUCAAUCAUCAAGUUGAAGAACUCAGUAAAAGUGAGACUCUUGAGCGAGCCCGUCUCCAGCACGACUCAAUCAUUGAAGGCCUGCAACAUCGUUAUCAGAAAGAAAUCAAUAUUUUGAACAAAGAGAUAGAUUCUCUAACACAGGAUAACAAAAGCCGUGAGGAAGAGGUGUCCAUGUUGAAGAGACAAUUGAACGAUGCCUUGAAAAAUGUGGAAAACGCUCAGAUCAACCGAGCUGAAACAAUCAACCGGUUGACUCGAACAUUAGAAGAAAGUCAACGACAGUGCCAACAUUUACUGCAAGCGUCUGCUCAGUCCAAUUCUUCCAGCCAACAACUGACAGACUUCCAGAACCGCUUGCAACAAGCUGAAUCGGCUAAGAGGGCAGCAGAAGAGAAAUUUGCUGAUUUUCAGCAGGAAUUGAAGAGUCUUAAAUUUCAAUUGUCAAUGUUUGAUUCAGCUUCCAAACUCGGUGUUUUUGCUUCCAAAGAACCUGAUAAAGCAAAUUCAAAUUUGGAGAAUUCUUUCCAGGAAUUAGGUAUCAAAAAGAAGCUUGUUUUCUCUACUCCAGAAACCAGUUUGAGUGAAGACUCAGGGAAUGAAUCCCAAAUUCGAGGAUUGAAGCAUGAACUGGAAAGAUGUUUGAUAAACAACCGGGAAAAGCAGGCAUAUAUUGAGGAACUGCGAGAGAGUGUGCAGAAGCUGCAGAAAGAAAUUUCAGAUUGGCAAUUAAGGUGUUCGAAAUCUGAAGAAACCAUUGAAGCACUGAAGGUGAGGAAGAAUUCAAGUUUCGAAGAAAGUUUAUUACAAAAAGAACUUGAGGCAACCCGAGAUGAAGUGGCCCAGUGUCAAAAAGACAACCAGAAUUACAAAGAACGUCUCCGACUUGCAAAAGAAGUUGAAACUCAAUUGAAAGCAUGUAAUGACGAUCUCGAGUCUAAACUGGAAAAUAUCAGAGAGAAAUGUGAUGCUGAAAAAGUUAGUGCCUUAGAACAGUGUAAAAAAACAUAUGAAACAUUUCAGGAUGAUGUGAAAGAAAGGUUAUUCUUGGACUUGCAGACACAGUAUGAUGAAAAACAUGCUUUGGUUGUGAGUGAGUGUGAAAAGAAACUUUCAUUUUUGAAGAGCAAUUUGGAAGCUGCUCUUACACGAGAAGAUGAGUUGAAAGAGAUUUAUGUGUCUGUUUGUCAGGAAAAGAGUCAAUUAGAAGAUCAACUGGCACAGCAGACGACAGAUUUACAAGAAAAUAAUGCAAAUGGAACACCCAGGCUUUCUAAACCUGAUUGCUUAGAAGUUGCCAGUGUUGAAGUCCAGUGUCUGUUGGACACCGAAUGUAACUCAUCAUCCAAAGAUGUUCUCGGAUCAGAAUUGGAACAAGAAAUGAAAGAGCGUCUAUUGGUAAAAAUCCAAGAGGAAAUUGCUGCUGAAACACAAGAGAAACUGGAAGCUGUUCGCCAACAAGUGAUCGAUGGUUUCCAGAAAGAACGUGAUGACGAACUAGAAAAUUACAAAAAGGCUCUCCAAGAGAAAAUUGAAGAUGAAGUCAGGAAAGAAUGGAUGGUUGCUCAAAAGAAUAAUCAAAUUCCUGUAGGGAUCCAGGUUUGUUUGGAUGAAAGUGAGGAUAAUAAUGAAGAAUAUAUUGAGAAACUGAGGACUGAGCUGCUUGCAGAAAUUGAUAAAGAAAAGCAAAAUGAAUGGCUCCAACGAGAAACGGAAAUUAAAAAGGAACAUCUUGAAGAAAUUAAACAAUUACAGAGGGAAUUGCAACAAAAGAGUGAAAAUCCUGAAAUUGGGUUUGGAUUUUCUAUUUCAUCUCAGAUUAUGAAAGAACGAAGAGAAGAGGAGAGACAGAGAAUAAAGUCCGGUGUGGAUGCUGCCAAGAUUGAAUGGCAGCAUCUUCAUGAGUCAAGGCUAGAGAUGGAGGUGAAGAGGAAGAUUGCAGCCGAGAAGGAAGUGUGGCAGAAGGAUGUAGUAGCAGAAUGUCAGAAAGAAUGGCAGGGACGAUUGCAGAAAGAGAAGACAAAAUGGGAGAAUUGUGCUAAAGAGCAACAGCAGAAAGCUUUGGUUGCUGCUGUGGAAAUGGCCAAGAACAACUGGGCCAAACGUCAAGAAGUUCACCGAGAUGAAAUGCAAAAGAAACUGGAGCAGGAAAAGAUGAAUUUACAGAAAGAACACAAGGAAAAGCUGCAGAUAUUAUUGAAUCAACUGCAGAGUGAAUAUUGGACAAGUGUGAGCAGUAUACAGAAGAAUCUGGUCCGAUAUUUGUCCGAAAACAGCUUCCGAAUGCAGCAAUUGAUUUACUUGUCUGAGAGAAAUCCAAUGACCACUAAUCUGUGGGACAGGUUAAACUUCCACAACAUUUCGGAUGUCAACAGCCGCCAAAUCACAAACAUUUCUCAUAGAGCCGACCACCACCAGCUGCAGCCUCAGCCGUUUGUGCCAAGACCCUUCAACUCAGGAGAUGGACAAGUUUUGAACAGAAUAGAAGAGAACAGUGAAAGUUCGUAUUUCGAAAUAUCGGAAGAAUUACGGUGAACUCUUUGAUGGCAAUCACUGAAGAAUGUUGUCAAUUAAGCAACAUAGCUGAGAUGGUUCUUGUCACUGUAGUCAUUGUACUAUAUUCUUCAACGGAUGGAUGGAUAAAAGUCUGUUAGACAGUCUCCCAGGUUUGUCCCAUUCCAUUUUCUCAUUGACCAACAUCCACCAUUACACGUUUGUGGUCAGAUUUCUGUUACACAAACUGGUCACCAGUUGCUAUUCAUCAUAACCGGACUUGUGGUGGGCAUCAUCAUAUCCAGACCACUGUCUUUCUGUGUCCAGUCAAGCUGAUGGUUAGUUUUAACCAUUGACCACUGUCUCUUAAGUUUUUGAACUCUGACAAACUUGUUCUUGAACACUGACCACUCAGUGUGGAUGGCCAGAUAUGAUUGCUGUCCAUUUCUUACAUUAACUGAGGUGCUACGGACCAUUUAAUCUCAAUGUAAGUGCCAUCCAUUAACACUGUAUAUAUGACUGUUUGUACGUUUGUGUAAAUAUUUAUAAGUGUAUAUAGUAAAAUACCAGUAUGUAUAAAUGUGUGUCUGUGUGUGUGUAUAUAUAUAUAUAUAUAUAUAUAUACAAAUAAAUAAAUAAAACUUCAUGUUUCAGCUCUGAUGAGGUUAUAAGGUUUUGCACUGGCACUCAACUCUGGGGCCACAGUUCCUUGCAGCCAAAAUAACUGUAAGCUAAUGGAGAUUAUUACAUAACUCCAGUUCUUUUGUCAUUCAUUAGUCAUUAAUGCUCACUCACACACAUGGAUAAAUUCCAGAUCUGAAUGAGAUUUUCUUUUGAGAUGAAUUUAUACAUAUGUGUAUGAUGAUGAUGAUGAUGAUGUGUAUGUAUUCCAGAUGUAAUAGGGGUAUUUUCUCCCUAGAUAAAUUACAGAUUUGGAAGGCUGUAAAUAAGAGAAUGGUCGAAGCAGAAUGUCUGGCAAUACCAUCAUCAUCAUCAUCAUCAUCAUUUAAUGUCUCCUCCAUUUGUUGGCACAGUUGGAUGAUUUGACGAGAUCUAAUGAGUUGGGCCGUAUCAUGCUCCAAUCAUCAUCGUACGUCCGUGUUUCCAUGCUGGCAUGGGUUGGACGGGUUUGUCACAAUAAUCCCUCACCAUCUGAUACAAUGAGUAAAACAACACAGCACUCGAUUCAGCCCAGGACUGAAUUCUAAGAGCAAAAGAAACUGAGGAGUUGUAACAUUCAAAUUUUGUUUUGGGAGUUUUUGGUGAAGUGAAGAGUUUCAACUUGAAACUAAAGCAGCUCAUCAUAUCUUACUGGAUUUGAAAACCUCAGGGUUGAUAUAUCAAAAGCGAACUUAACCCUCAGGAUCUGCAAAUAUACUCUAACGAGAGCAAUUUUGUUUGAUUGUACCCCUGGAAGACGCAAAAGCAAACAGCCACAUGGCUUUGCAGUUACAACAGAAAAUAAUAUUUCUGCUAAUUAGCAAAUCAUAGACACAAAACCAAAUGUAAUCACCUGCUUUUGGGUCUCCUUAGGGUUUAGUCAACCCCCACCACCACUAAAGCAUACUCACAGGUGUUAAUUUAUAGACUUUAAGAAACAGGACAUCAGAAUCUCUUACUGAUGUCUUCUCUCUUGGGAUAAAUUUCUUAACGACACCAUAUUUGUAACGAAUUAAAGAAAAUUGCAUAAAACUCUUUUAGAUGAAAUGUCCACAGCAGUUUAUUUUCAAAAGCUAUUUGAAUUUUAUAAUUUUUAUAAACAGAAAAUAACAUUAAAUUGUACAAAUGAAUUCACAUUAAAAAGUAAAAAGAAAAUGAAAAAAAUUA